UCAACAAAGUUGGCCCUCCAAAAUUUUUUAUAAUUCAAUGUUUCUUUCUUAUAUAGUUAUUUAAAUAUGCUCAUUAUAUUGUAAACAACACCACACAAUCUCUUCUUGGACCCUAAAGACAUCAAGAAGAAAGAAGAUCCGUAUAUACAAAUUCUCUUAUUUUUACCAUUUGAUUGUGUUCUUAAAAGGUUUCUUCGCGAUAUGGAUGAAAUGAAGAUUAAGCUUCACGUUUUGUUACUCUAUUUCUUACUCAUCUCCGCAGUUCCUUCGGUUCUCGGGUUCAAAAUGAGAGGCACUACUACUAGAUCUGAGCCGGGAGCAUUUCUCGGCGGAGAAUACUUACCGGCGAUGAAGAGCAGGAAGUUGAUGGUCACAAACAUGGAAGUUGAUUAUUCAGGUGACUAUUAUGAUGGAGCCUCUUCAGCAUCACCGUCACCACCUUUGCCUGAUUAUGAUGAUGAUAUCUAUAAAAGGCAAGGUGAUGUCCCAAGCCCCGGUAUUGGCCACUAGUGAUACGUUUUCAUUUGUAUUAUGUACACAUAAAAACAUUUCAGCAUUUUGCGUUGAUAUAUAUUUAUACAUACAUGUUGUUUACUUGUUCAAGUAUGUUUUUGUUGAAUUUUUUUAUAAAAUAAUAAUAAUAUGUUUUUGUCCUAA